CACACACACUUCGGAGUGAGAGAGAGAGAGUGAGAGAGACAGAGAGAGGCAGAUACAAACAGUGAGGACUUGGCAGGCAGACCGAGCAGAGUACGAAGAAGUUUGGUUUGCAGGUUGUUUUUUUUACCCCUCGCCUGUAAAGUUUGCGCAAACGCAUCCUCAGUAACAGAACAACCGGUGCCAAAAACUAACAAACAAGAAGGAGACAAACUUCCUGUAAUGUGGCUUCAGGUGCGUUGACGCGUCGUGGACCUGUUGAUCCAUUUUGGCUCACUUAAACUUUUGGAUACACUCCUGAGGAAGACAAUGCACUCUCACAGAGAGAGACACACGUGAAGCUGCAGCGCUGGUGCGUCCAUGGCUGAAGGCAGCAGCAUGACUCUGUCCGGCGGUUUGUCGGAUACUUGUCAGCUCGUUUUACGCGACCGCAUGGAGCCGCGGCUGUGGAAGAAGUAGCAGCAGCAGCACGUUGUGAAGCGAAAGUUUGGAGACGGAGAGGGAGCGGAGAGCUACGAUGCGGGCAACUUUGGGCGCAUUCAUUCAGUCCUGUCUGCUGCUGCUGCUGGUCCGAGCAGACCAGUGGAGGCUGAAGGACUCCGCCAACUGCGAGCUGAACAAGAAACAAACUGACCUGAACUCCUUCCUGUGGACGAUCAAACGGGAUCCUCCUUCAUAUUUCUAUGGUACCAUCCACGUUCCCUACACGCGCGUCUGGGACUACAUCCCUGAAAACUCCAAGCAGGCCUUCCAGGAGAGCAACAUUGUCUACUUCGAGCUGGACCUGACGGACCCUUACACCAUCUCAGCCCUGACCAGCUGCCAGCUGCUCCCUCAGGGCGAGAACCUGCAGGACGUCCUGCCCAGAGACAUUUAUCGGAGACUCAAGAGACACCUCGAGUACGUGAAGCUCAUGAUGCCGUCGUGGAUGACGCCGGAUCAGAGGGGGAAGGGACUGUAUGCUGACUACCUGUUCAACGCCAUCGCUGGGAACUGGGAGAGGAAGCGACCAGUUUGGGUGAUGCUGAUGGUGAACUCAUUAACCGAGGCGGACAUUAAGACGCGGGGGGUGCCGGUGCUGGACCUUUACCUGGCCCAGGAGGCAGAGAGGAUGAGGAAGAGGACGGGGGCUGUGGAGAAGGUGGAGGAACAGUGUCACCCACUCAACGGGCUCAACUUCUCCCAGGUGAUCUUUGCCCUGAACCAGACGUUGCUACAGCAGGAGUCUUUGAGGGCGGGAAGCCUCCAGGUUCCCUACACCACUGAAGAUCUCAUCAGGCACUAUAACUGUGGAGAUCUCAACUCCAUCAUCUUUAACCAUGACACCUCACAGGUCCCCAACUUCAAUAACGUGACGCUGCCACCCAGCGAGCAGGUGACCGCCCAGGAAAUAGACAGCUACUUCCGACAGGAGCUCAUCUACAAAAGGAAUGAGAGGAUGGGCAAGAGGGUCAAGGCCCUGCUGGAGGAACACCCCGAUAAGAGCUUCUUCUUCGCCUUCGGAGCAGGUCACUUUCUCGGCAACAAUACAGUCAUUGAUGUGCUGCGUCGCCAGGGAUACGAGGUGGAACACACCCCUGCUGGGCAGCCCAUAAACAGGCGAUCAUCAUCCAGACCAGAGUCCGAGGACCACUACGACGAGCCCCCUCUCCUGGAGCCUUUCCUCCACGAGCUCCCCCAUAAAGAGGAGGACGACGACCUGUUGCCCCACAUGCUCCUGCCGGUGGACAGCCUGGAGCUGCUGGAGAAAGCAGAGAGAAAAAUGCUGAAGAAAAAGAGGAGGAACAAGCAGAAGAAGCAGCGGCACCGGCACUUCAACGACCUCUGGGUUCGCAUCGAGGAGAGCUCGAUAGUCCAGUCCCCGCCUCCUCCGCUGGUUCGCAUCAUCAAUGGAUACAUCACUGUGCAGCCGCCCGACAGAGUCCACAGCCCCCACAACCACCACCACACAGCUUCAGCAUCACCCACCUCCUCAUCUUCGUCGUACUCUCUCGUUUUCCUCUGCACGCUGCUCCCGCUCAUCACAAAGAUGGGGAGUGUGUUCCUUUAGCAGACAUUGUUUCUGGAAUAAACUCUCAUUUAUUGGGUUUUCAUUUAUCGGCUCAUAGAAAGUGAGGCCUGAUCGUGUAAGACGGAGAGGAGGCUGCAGUGACUCUUAAAGAGAAAAAACAUGGAGCAAACGCGUGAAAUCAACUCUAGCUGUCAGGUAACAGAACACUCCAUGGAUGUUAGGCUGGAUGAUGUCUGCGUUGUCGGGUCCGAAUGGUAAAUCACACCGAUACAGCUUGUCUCUUACAAAUUGAGGCCUGGAUGAGCGUAUAAAGUCAUGUAACCGAGAGGUUGUCUUGGAACAUGAAGCGUUCAUAAGGUUUCAGUUAUUACUCACAGCGCGGCGGAGUAAACACGAGCAAAAACUCACAAACAGGAAGUAUUAUGGGACGUCUGGCAGACGUUACACAACAUGUCGGCUCCCUCAUAGGUUACAGUGUUACAGUAGAUGCUCAUCAGUGCCUCCGAGAUCUCACACGAGUGACGGCUCAAUGAAUGGACACAAGGACACGAUUAAAACUAUUGUAAAUAUCAAAUAUCCUGUGUGUGUGUGUGUGUGUGUGUGUGUGUGUGUGUGUGUGUGUGAGAAAGUCUAUUAGCUCUUAAACCAAGUGUUCCUCUUCAGAAAUGUCACAUAAAAAAGGGGGUAAAUUGUAAAUAUUGUUUCUAAAUAUUAUAGAUGUAUUUUAGAGUUAUAAAAAAAAAAGGAAAAUUAUCAAAAGUGUUUGUUGUUGUUUAUAUAAAUGUAUAAAUAGAUAUGCAGUAUAUUUUUUUGGGAAAAAGAAAUCAGGAACUAACCACCAUAGCCGACGUCCUGUGUCUCACUGAAAUGGAUUUGUUAAAAGGGACAGGCGAUUGUAUUGUACUGUAUGUAUCAGUGUUAUCACUCGCUUUGCUGUAUGUCUGCUGAGAGGAUUCAUGUCAAUGUGUUUUACACAGAGACCAUUUGUUUAAUUUAUUUAAUAGUUACUUCUAUAGUUUUCCUGUAGGUCAAUGAAAUAUUCCCUAUGUUUUUUUUUUAAUGUUUUUGUCCAAAUGUGUUAUUUCAGAGGCGACAAUACUUCAGUUUGAAAUGCACAGAACAUGUGCAGCUUGGUGCUUUAGACCUUCCACGUUUCACGUAUGGCAUGACAUAACUGUAAUAGUAUUACCAUGACGACAAUAAAAUAUUUAUCUAGAUUAA